ACCGCGUUCUAGAAAAGACUUCAUUACUUGUCUUUUGAGAAAGGAUCCCUUUUUGUAGGGAUGGAGAAUGUAAUGGGUUGUAGUACAUGUCUGCUUUGAAGGAUGUGUCAAGAAGGCGUUUUACGUCUACAAGGUAAAGGUUUAAAUUGAAACAGGCUAUAUCUUUUUCCAAAGGAUAAGAAAGAAGGGAUGAUGACGUCCUUGUCACUAAUUCUGUGUCAGCACUGCUUUCGCCACAAGUAAAUCCAAGGGUGAGGAAAGCCCUGGGUGGUGAACAGAAUGGCUGCGAUGAUGUCAUUUCUUAGGACACCUUUGGAUAAAUCAUGAAAACAGUUACACUCUGAGCAGCUGUUGAUAGGUUGUGAUGAUUAUACUGCCGUAGUUUCUGUAAAUGUAUUUGAUAGGAUUGUGCUGUGCUCUCCAUUCCAGGUGAUCUUGCAAAAUGGUUCGCUACUCACUUGACCCAGAAAACCCCACAAAAUCAUGCAAAUCAAGAGGUUCAAAUCUUCGGGUCCAUUUUAAGAACACCCGAGAAACUGCCCAGGCCAUCAAGGGUAUGCAUAUCAGAAAAGCCACCAAGUAUCUGAAAGAUGUCACUUUGCAGAAGCAGUGUGUGCCGUUCCGGCGCUAUAAUGGUGGAGUUGGUAGAUGUGCCCAGGCCAAGCAGUGGGGUUGGACACAGGGACGGUGGCCCAAAAAGAGUGCUGAAUUUUUGCUCCACAUGCUUAAAAAUGCAGAGAGUAAUGCUGAACUUAAGGGUUUAGAUGUAGAUUCUCUGGUCAUUGAGCACAUCCAGGUGAACAAAGCCCCCAAGAUGCGCCGCCGUACUUACAGAGCUCAUGGUCGAAUUAACCCAUAUAUGAGCUCCCCUUGCCACAUUGAGAUGAUCCUUACCGAAAAGGAACAGAUUGUUCCUAAACCAGAAGAGGAGGUUGCACAGAAGAAAAAGAUAUCCCAGAAGAAGCUGAAGAAACAAAAACUUAUGGCUCGAGAGUAAAUUCAGCUUAAAAUAAAAUACAAAUUAAAGUAAAAGAAU